AGUCAAAAUCGGUGGAGUAGAUAAAUCAGAAUAUAUUUUAUGACGACACGUAUAAAGAGUCAAAUUAAAGACUUGACGAUUACACUAGAUCGAGUGCAUAAAUAGAUCAUUGUUCUUGGAGGAAUAUAGUGCUAUAUCAAAUGGAGGAGGAACCGAUCAUGGAGAAGGAGGAGGAGGCGGCGGAAGAGGAGGAGCAGGUGCUUCUCCCCGGGUUCCGGUUCCACCCCACCGAUGAGGAGCUGCUCAGCUUCUAUCUCCGGAGGAAGGUGCAGAGGAGAGCCUUCUCCAUCGAUGUCGUGAGGGAGGUCGACAUCUACAAGCACGACCCUUGGGAUCUUCCAAAAGCGAGCUGUGGAGAAGAGAGGGAGUGGUAUUUCUUCUGUCUGAGAGGGAGGAAGUACCGGAACAGCAUCCGGCCGAACCGCGUCACCGGUUCAGGUUUCUGGAAGGCGACCGGCAUCGACCGAGCAGUCUACGGUGGCCGCGCCGGCGAUGUCUGCAUCGGCCUCAAGAAAUCGCUAGUUUACUACAGAGGCAGCGCCGGAAAAGGCACCAAGACUGACUGGAUGAUGCACGAGUUUCGUCUUCCUCCUCCCUCCACCACCACCACCAACAACAACAACGACAAUAGCAGCCGCGCUGAUCGUCACUCUUUGCAAGAAGCGGAAAUUUGGACGAUAUGCCGAAUUUUCAAGAGGGCAACGUCGUCUUCCCACAAAACGAGUGAAUCGCCGGCAAAAUUCAACCAGAAAACCAAUAUUGUCUCCAGCGACUCGAGCUCAAAGGCUAGCAGCUUCGAGUCUGAUCUCGGGCCGGCUUCUCCCGGUUAUCCUCAUGAAGAAGACAAAUAUGUCAGCAAUAAUAAUAAUAAUAAAUAUUACGAGCCAAAUAUGAGUGACAAGUGUUAUCAAAACAAUGAAGGGCAAUAUGUGUGCAACAAUUACUCAUUCGAGCAAUUGUCUGCGGCGCCGCCGCCGCACUGUGAGAUAGCGCCGCCGGCGACGACGGCAAGUUGCGAGAUGAACGACUGGUUCAACGAUGGCAACUGGGAUGAGCUCGAGAGGAUAGUGGAGUUAAUGAACGAUCAAAGUGUUGCCUAUGAGUAUCAAUAUUAUUGACAACUUUUUAUUUUUGGGAAAAAAAUUAUUAUUAGUAAAAUAUUAGUUAAUGGAUAAAGAGAGGAGGAAAAUGUUUUAGUGGUGUUAAUAUUGAUAACUUUUUUAUUUUUUGUCCACAUUAGCUUUUCCCCC